AUGGCACGUCCUUCUUCAUCAUUUAUUUCAUUCUUCAUCAUUUUGCACCUCUUAUUAAAUUGUAAUUUGAAUGCAAAUGGAUGUUACACUUCAAUCAUCGGUUUUGGAGACUCUCUAUUCGACACUGGCAACCUAAAACACCUAAGCCAAUUUUCAUUGCCUUUCUUUUAUCUCCCUUAUGGUGAAACCUUUUUUCAUAAGUCCACUGGUCGUGCUUCUAAUGGUCGCCUCAUGAUCGAUUUCAUUGCUGAUAGCCUCAAGCUACCAUUCGUACCACCUUUUUUCGAUGAUAAUGGGAAUGAGAAGAUGGAAUUGGGACAAGGAGUAAAUUAUGCGGUAAUAGGUGCAACCGCAAUGGAUUAUUCUAUUCAUAAAGCCACUGGGGUUCAUAGUAUAUUGACAGAUGGAUCUUUACGAGUUCAGCUUGAGUGGUUCAAAGAAUCAAUAUGUGCCAAUGUUUCAGAUUGUAGCCACUUAAUUGGAGAUUCCUUGAUUAUCAUGGGUGAGACUGGAUUAAACGAUUAUCUUAAAGCAUUCAGUGGUGCAAAAUCCAUAGAUGAGAUUAAAAUAUAUGUUCCAUUUGUUGUUGAAGCCAUUAUCUCAGUAAUAAAUGAAGUUCUUGAACUUGGGGCCAAAACAAUACUUGUAUCAGGAGAACUACCAGCGGGAUGCUUCCCAACGAUUUUAAAACUCAGCAAUGAAUCUGAUAAGACCAAUUAUGAUAAUGUAACUGGAUGUCUAAUCAAGUCAAACAAGCUUGCUGAGUACCACAAUGAACUUCUCGUGAAAGAAUUAAAUAAAAUUCGAGAGCUGUAUCCUGAUGCAAAUCUCAUAUACGCUGAUAUCUACAAUGCUGCCAUGCAAUUUUAUCGCUCUCCAAAAGAAUAUGGAUUCACAAGUGGAGCUUUAAAGGCAUGUUUAGAUACAUAUGUUUCCUGGGAUGGGAUGCACUUAACAGAAGCAGCAUAUAAAAUUAUCUCAAAGAGCUUAUUGCAAGGGCCAUACACGGUGCCCCAAUUCAACUCCUCAUGCGUUGAUGGAUUAUCAAGUUUUAUGUAA